CGGCAUCGUUACUGCACAGGUUUAUCUCGUCCAAUAAACCCUACUACUUCGUCUUCUUCUAUAAGCGCCUCUGCUCUCUCUCUCUCUCUCUCUGAUCUGAUCCAAUGGCUCCAAAGAAAGAGAAGGCUCCUCCACCUUCCUCCAAGCCUGCCAAAUCUGGCGGUGGCAAGCAGAAGAAGAAGAAGUGGAGCAAGGGAAAGCAAAAGGAGAAGGUGAACAACAUGGUAUUGUUCGACCAGGGCACCUAUGACAAGCUACUCUCCGAGGCUCCCAAAUACAAACUCAUCACACCCUCCAUUCUCUCCGACCGUAUGAGGAUUAGUGGAUCACUUGCAAGGAGAGCAAUCAGAGAAUUGAUGGCAAGAGGUUUGAUCAGGAUGGUCUCUGCACAUUCAAGCCAGCAGAUAUACACACGAGCAACAAACACCUAGUUUUCUUAUUGUCUAUGCUUAUUUAGUUUUAUCUAGUGGUGCUGAGUUUGACCGCUUUUAUUAUUUCCAUCUUAAGAUUUUCCUUCUGGGAAUCUUAUUAGUGUGCUUCAGCUCAGUUCUAGACUAUCAGCCAUUUUUGCUGUUUAGGGGAGAUCAUAUUUUUGUUUAGAAGCCUGUUUAAUGGAGAGAACAUAUGUAGGGAGUUAGAUUGUUUUUGAGUUUUGCUUAGAAUAUAGUAUCUAUUCUUAAAAUGGGAAUUUGGAUAUGUUGGUUUUGAUCUUCA